AUGACAUACGAAGGCGCCAUUGGUAUCGACCUCGGUACGACGUACUCGUGCGUUGGUGUGUGGCAGAACGAACGUGUGGAAAUCAUUGCAAAUGACCAGGGUAACCGUACGACGCCGUCCUACGUUGCCUUCACGGACUCUGAGCGCCUGAUCGGCGAUGCGGCGAAGAACCAGGUGGCGAUGAACCCUACGAACACGGUGUUCGACGCGAAACGGCUGAUCGGACGGAAGUUCUCCGACUCUGUCGUGCAGUCCGACAUGAAGCACUGGCCCUUCAAGGUCGUCACCAAGGGCGACGACAAGCCAGUGAUCCAGGUACAGUUCCGCGGUGAGACGAAAACCUUCAAUCCUGAGGAGAUCAGUUCCAUGGUACUAUUGAAGAUGAAGGAGGUUGCGGAGUCGUAUCUUGGGAAGCAGGUGGCUAAGGCUGUCGUAACAGUGCCUGCAUACUUCAACGACUCGCAGCGCCAGGCAACGAAGGACGCGGGGACGAUUGCUGGUCUGGAGGUGCUGCGCAUCAUCAACGAGCCAACGGCUGCUGCAAUUGCCUAUGGCCUGGACAAGGCUGAUGAGGGGAAGGAACGCAACGUGCUCAUCUUCGAUCUUGGUGGUGGCACCUUCGAUGUGACAUUGCUGACGAUUGACGGCGGCAUCUUCGAGGUGAAAGCCACAAAUGGUGACACCCACCUUGGUGGAGAAGACUUCGACAAUCGCCUUGUGGCUCACUUUACCGAGGAAUUCAAGCGCAAGAACAAGGGCAAGGAUCUCUCAUCGAACUUGCGCGCCCUUCGCCGCCUUCGUACGGCUUGUGAGCGCGCCAAGCGCACACUUUCUUCCGCUGCGCAGGCAACCAUCGAGAUCGAUGCACUCUUCGAAAACAUUGACUUCCAGGCGACCAUUACCCGUGCUCGUUUCGAGGAACUGUGCGGUGACCUGUUCCGUGGUACAUUGCAACCCGUAGAGCGUGUGCUGCAGGAUGCCAAGAUGGACAAACGCGCCGUGCACGAUGUGGUCCUGGUUGGUGGUUCCACCCGUAUCCCCAAGGUGAUGCAGCUUGUGUCUGACUUUUUCGGUGGCAAGGAGCUUAACAAGAGCAUCAACCCCGACGAGGCAGUGGCCUACGGCGCUGCUGUACAAGCUUUCAUCUUGACCGGUGGUAAGAGCAAGCAAACGGAAGGUCUCCUCCUUCUGGAUGUCGCCCCGCUUACGCUCGGCAUCGAGACGGCAGGUGGCGUGAUGACGGCACUGAUCAAGCGCAACACGACGAUCCCCACCAAAAAGAGCCAAAUCUUCUCCACAUACUCAGACAAUCAGCCCGGUGUGCACAUUCAGGUCUUUGAGGGUGAGCGUACCAUGACGAAGGACUGCCAUCUCUUGGGCACCUUCGAUCUCUCUGGAAUCCCCCCGGCACCCCGCGGCGUGCCACAGAUAGAAGUGACCUUCGACCUAGACGCUAAUGGUAUUCUUAGCGUUUCUGCGGAGGAGAAGGGCACUGGCAAGCGCAACCAGAUUGUCAUCACAAACGACAAGGGUCGCCUGAGCAAGGCUGAUAUCGAACGCAUGGUGUCUGAUGCUGCGAAGUAUGAGGCUGAGGAUAAGGCGCAGCGUGAGCGCAUUGAUGCUAAGAACGGUCUUGAGAACUACGCCUUCUCGAUGAAGAACACUAUCAAUGACCCCAACGUUGCUGGCAAGCUUGACGACGCCGACAAGAACGCUGUCACCACUGCCGUGGAGGAGGCACUGCGAUGGCUGAACGACAACCAGGAGGCCAGUUUGGAUGAAUACAACCACCGCCAGAAGGAGCUCGAAGGCGUGUGUGCUCCCAUCUUAUCAAAGAUGUACCAGGGCAUGGGCGGUGGCGACGCGGCUGGCGGUAUGCCCGGAGGUAUGCCCGGGGUAUGCCCGGUGGUAUGCCCGGAGGAAUGGGUGGUGGGAUGGGAGGCGCUGCGGCAUCGUCCGGGCCUAAAGUCGAGGAGGUUGACUAAGUUCCCAGGUGUAUUUCGGACCGGUGCUGCAGUCGUCUCAUUGUCUACGGUGAUGGUCCGCCGCCACAUUUUCUCUUCGUCUCUGUAG